GAGACCAUCCAUUUACUACAAACCAUUCUGAGUACAGCUCUCCCCAGCACUACAUCUACCUUUUCCUGGUGCUUUAGUUUCCACUAAACAUGGUGAUGCAAGAACAAGGUCUCUCAGUGGCCCUGAACGCAAAAGUCAUCGGCUCCGGCACUGAACCCAUGAUUCUUGCACAUGGGUUUGGGGUAGACCAAUCUAUCUGGGACAAAAUCACUCCCUUUUUGGCUCAGCAUUACAAGAUUAUAGUUUUCGACUGGCCCUUCUCAGGAUCUGUUAAAGAUCCAAACCUUUACGAUCCUGUCAAGUACUCUUCGUAUGACGCUUUUGCCAACGAUUUGAUUACUCUUUUGGACGGAAAUUGUAUAAAAUCAUCAGUUUUUAUGGGCCACUCCAUGUCUGGUAUGAUUGGAUGCAUUGCUUCUACGAAAAGGCCAGACCUAUUUAAGAAGCUCAUACUCAUUGGAGCUUCUCCCAGGUACAUAAACACGGAUGAUUACGAAGGAGGGUUUAGCAGCUCAGGGAUUGAGGAAAUCAUUUCAAACGUGGAAACCGACUAUCUCAGCUGGGCUUCAAACUUUGCUUCUCUUGUUGUGGACUCAAAAGAUCCCCUCUCGGUUGAGAAGCUUCAGAAAUGUUUGAGUUCAAUGAGACCUGAAGUUGCAUUACCCUUGGCCAAAACCGUGUUUUACAGUGACGAAAGGGAAAUUCUGGAUAAAGUUAUUACUCCAUGCACAAUCAUCCAAACUACUAGUGACAUUGUUGUUCCAAACUCGGUUGCUCACUACAUGCAAGAGAAGAUUAAGGGAAAAUCAACUGUGGAGAUGAUAGAGACUAAUGGACAUUUCCCACAGCUCACUGCUCACCAGCAGCUUGUUCAAGUCCUUGGAGGAGUGUUAGGGUUUUGAUCUUUGAUCGAUCUUAAGAAGAUAUAAUAUGAUAUAUACACAUAUCUAUCUCGUUUUUCUUUGUCUGCUUAUUUAAGAGAAAUAAGUCGCUAAAUAUUUGCCUUUAGUUUGUUGUGUUCUUAACUUGAUAGGAACUAUAUUUUGAAGGAUGGGAUGUAGAAUGUGUUUUGUGUAGUAAAUUUUAGUUGGAAUUUAAUAAUAUGCAGCAGCGUGGUUGGAAGUCGUUU